AUGGUUACAGUUGAAGAGUCACUGACAGUGGCUGACCAAUAUGAUGGACGCAGUGAGAGGACAAAAUUUGAACAUUCAGUAAGUGUUCCUGUCAUUGAUGCGAGAAGUAAAAUGAGGACAACUGGCGUGUCUUACGUGCAAAACAUGCAGGAUUUUGACAAGAGAUUGUCUAAGGUUGAGGUUUCAUUGUCUGAAUUUCGAUCCAACCAUGAAGCAGUGUCUACCAAGUUCACAGAUGAAGUAACUGAAAUAAAAAAGAUGCUGGAAACGCUUUCUGAACAGACACUCCACUUUCAAGUUUUUGAUGGGUUGGUUCCCCAUAUUACUGAUUUUAGUGAUAAAGUAGGAAAUGCAAUAUUGCACUACAUUUUUCAUGAAGGACUUGAUGCAGAUGAGACAAUUGUUCAGUUUGAAAAAUUUCAUGCGACAAGAAUGACAAUGAAGUCAUUGGGACCCAAACAGUGGUUGCAGAGCAAGGAAGAAGUCCUCCUACUAGAUACUCUUCUAAGUCGAACAAUGAAGCAUGCACGACGUAAGCAAGUGGAUGAUGUGGCAUCGUCGUCAAAUGUUAGAAACGAUCUCGCAUUAAAGCUUGUUACCAAUCCACACAAUACUAAGCGAGAUGAAAUAAUUGGCAAGUCAUUGAACCUCUUGGACAUAAACUUACGAUGA